CCGGGAUCUCAGGUCAGAUCGGCUCUCCCAGCAGGUCAGUCAAGCAUGACCGAUCCCUCAAACCUCCCCAAAAAAAGUGCAUCUUUAGAUAUUGAUGAAAGUCAAGGGGAUGAUGGAUCAACACAUAAUGACACUUUUCCGCUCUCGUCCUUGGCCAACUUGUUUGAGAAUGAAGAGGGGGCAGUACCCACAGAGGUGAUCCGAACUCCACAGCCUCCAGGAGAUGGAAAACACAACCUCAGAAUCAGAUUUCAAGGUGCAUUCAAAAAGGGCAUUGGCAAUCCUAUGGAUCUUUUGGAAUCUACCAUUUAUGAAUCCUCUGUGGUCCCAGGGCCGAAGAAAGCACCUAUGGACUCUUUGUUUGACUAUGGGACCUACCAUCACCCUACAGAAAACCGACGACGGCGGAAGAAAAUACUUGCAGAGAAGGAUAACCAGGAUUCUGGGCCUCCAUGCCCUGACCCUCCUGCAGUCAUCAAGAUGUUCAAUAGACACAUUCUCUUUGACAUAGUGUCACGAGGGGCCACAUUAGAACUAGAUGGUUUUCUCCCUUUCUUGUUGUCUAAGAAGAAGCGGCUGACAGAUGAGGAAUUUCGAGAGCCAUCAACAGGGAAGACUUGUUUGCCUAAAGCUCUACUAAACCUAAGUGGUGGCAGAAAUGACACAAUACCAGCAUUGAUGGAUAUUGCAGAAAAAACAGGGAAUCUCCGAGAAUUUAUCAACUCCCCUUUCCGAGAUGUUUACUACAGAGGCCAGACUGCUCUUCACAUAGCUAUAGAAAGACGCUGCAAGCAUUAUGUUGAGCUGCUGGUGGAGAAGGGAGCUGAUGUCCAUGCUCAGGCCAGAGGGCGCUUCUUUCAGCCCAAAGAUGAAGGUGGAUACUUCUACUUUGGCGAGUUGCCAUUGUCCCUUGCGGCUUGCACCAACCAGCCUGAUAUAGUACACUACCUGACAGAGAAUGCUGACAAGAAGGCAGACCUGCGUCGCCAGGACUCCAGGGGCAAUAAUGUCUUACAUGCAUUGGUUGCUAUUGCUGACAACACUCGAGAGAAUAUAAAAUUUGUCACCAAGAUGUAUGACCUUCUGGUCAUUAAAUGUGCCAAACUGUAUCCUGAUUGUAGCCUGGAGGCAUUCCUGAACAAUGAUGGCAUUUCUCCCCUAAUGAUGGCUGCAAAGCUUGGUAAAAUUGGGAUAUUUCAACACAUAAUCCGCCUAGAGAUAAAGGAUGAAGAUGCCAGGCAUUUGUCUCGUAAGUUUCGAGACUGGGCCUAUGGCCCUGUUUACUCCUCUCUGUAUGAUUUGUCAUCCCUAGACACGUGUGGUGAAGAAGUGUCUGUGCUGGAAAUCUUGGUUUACAACAGCAAAGUUGAGAACCGCCAUGAAAUGCUAGCAGUUGAACCCAUUAAUGAACUGCUGAGAGACAAAUGGAGGAAAUUUGGGGCUGUCACAUUCUAUAUCAGUGUUAUCUCCUAUCUCAUUUCCAUGAUCAUCUUCACCUUAAUAGCAUAUUACAGGCCAAUGGAAGGCAAACCACCCUACCCAUACAAUACCACAAUUGAUUAUCUGCGGCUAGCAGGAGAGCUUCUUACACUUGUUACAGGAAUAUUUUUCUUUUUUUCCAAUCUAAAAGACCUAUUUACGAAGAAGUGUCCGGGUGUAAAUUCCUUGUUAAUAGAUGGAUCUUUCCAACUGCUUUACUUCAUCUAUUCAGUACUCGUCAUCGUCUCGGCUGCUCUGUACUUGGCUGGCAUUGAAGCGUACCUGGCUGUAAUGGUGUUUGCCUUGGUUUUGGGGUGGAUGAAUGCACUAUACUUCACUAGAGGUUUGAAGCUCACUGGGACGUACAGCAUUAUGCUGCAAAAGAUCCUAUUUAAGGACUUGUUCAGAUUCCUUUUGGUGUACCUGCUCUUCAUGAUUGGCUACGCUUCAGCUCUGGUGUCCCUGCUGAAUCCAUGUCCUUCACAGGAGAGUUGCAGUGGUCAAGGCCCAAAUUGUACAAUACCCGCAUAUCCGUCAUGCCGAGACAACAGCACCUUUAGCAAGUUUCUCCUGGAUCUCUUCAAGUUAACCAUAGGAAUGGGAGAUCUAGAAAUGAUCGAAAGUGCCAAGUACCCAGCUGUCUUCAUUAUACUCUUGGUGACCUACAUCAUUCUCACUUUUGUCCUUCUCCUUAACAUGUUAAUCGCUUUAAUGGGGGAAACAGUUAGCCAGGUUUCAAAGGAAAGCAAACAGAUCUGGAAGUUACAGUGGGCCACCACCAUCCUGGAUAUAGAAAGGUCAUUCCCUGUAUUUAUCCGAAAAGCAUUUCGUUCUGGAGAGAUGGUAACAGUUGGGAAGAAUUCUGAUGGCACACCAGAUCGACGGUGGUGUUUCAGGGUGGAUGAAGUCAACUGGUCCCACUGGAAUCAGAAUCUUGGCAUUAUUAAUGAAGAUCCUGGAAAGUACGAUACCUAUCAGUAUUAUGGUUUUUCCCAAACUAUGCGACAGCUCCGAAGAGAUCGUUGGUCUGUUGUGGUACCUCGAGUGGUAGAACUAAACAAGGCACCUCACCAUCCUGAUGAUGUUGUAGUUCCCCUGGAACAUAUCCACCAUAGCAACUCCAACUACCAAAGACAAAAUUACCCCCAGAACUGGAAGAAAGAGGAUAGCCAAAUCUAAUGGGGACCCUCGAAACCCCUUCAUGACCGCAGACACCUACACCAUAUUAUAAACAAAGAGGUCUAUUCAUCUAAGCUGCUAACCAGUGUCUGGGACAUUGCAUAUUUGCACAAUUGAUUGUUUUUAUAAUGGCUGAAUCAGCUAACCAGGUCCUGAAAGUGAACAUAAACCAUGGUUUUUAUGAUUUUUUAAGAUGUUUUUUAUAAACUGUAAAAACAUGUUUUCAAUUUUAGACGGUUAUGAUGAUUUCAAU